GCAAGGAGAAGAGAGGAGUAUGGCCUCAAGCGACGAGAAGCCGGGGCCCACGCCGGUGGCCGGCGGAGAAGGCGGCACGCCGCCGGGGAGGCCGAUGUCGGUGGCGACGAAGCUGGUGGAGAAGGGGGCGUCGAUGCUGCAGACGUUGAAGCCGGUGCGGCAGAUGAAGCAGCACGCGUGCAGCUUCGCCCUGUACGGGCACGAUCUCGGCCGUCAGAUUGAGACCCACCACUACGUCUCCCGCGUCAACCAGGACUUCCUCCAGUGCGCCGUGUAUGACUCCGAUCAGCCAUCGGCCCACCUUAUCGGUGUGGAGUACGUCGUGCCUCAUCGAAUUUUUGAGACGCUGCCUUCGGAGGAGCAGAAGCUGUGGCACUCCCAUGCCUACGAGAUCAAGUCUGGGCUGUGGGUGAGCCCUGGUGUCCCGGAGAUGUUAGAAAAGCCGGAGCUGGAAUGGAUGACCAAGAGCUAUGGUAAGUUCUGGUGCACCUGGCAGGUGGACCGGGGCGACCGCCUGCCGAUGGGCGCGCCCGCCCUCAUGAUGUCGCCCCAGGGGGUGGGCUCGGGCUCGGUGCGGCCCGACCUGGUGAAGAGCCGGGACGAGAGGUACAAGAUAUCGACCGAGGAACUCAAGGAGUCGAGGCUGGAGAUGGAGGAGCCCGAGUGGAUCCACCCGAAUGCCGACUACUGGAAGCAGCAUGGGAAGGGUUUUAAAGUGGACGUGGUGGAGACGGACAUGAAGCGCAGGGCUCCGUUUCCAUGAAGGGUCUUGGGUUGGGUCGACUCUUCUAGUUCUGUUUUGAGUAUGGUGUGAUGGGUAUAAUAAAAGCUUGUUUGUGUUGUUGUUGAUGCCAGCAAUAAAUGAAGUUACUUUUAU